AUGGCCCUGCUUGCAUUGGCAACUGCAUAUUGCGAGUCGGUGAUAGCUAGUAUAAUUCAAUGCUUGGCAAGAGCCCCAAGGCCCCAAGCAAAUGCCACAUUUGCUUCUAGAGAAUGGCUUGAGAAUAGCAGCUUCCGCAUCAUUGACUCUUGCAGUUUUGGCACGGCUGAGCAUCGCCAUUUUGGGAAAAGCCGGGUACUUUCCAGAUUCUUUCCUCGGAGAGCUCGUGGUUCCAUUCCCUGCCCCACCGAAGUCUUGGACCUCCAGUCUGGUAGCCGUGGCAAAUCCGCCUUUAUCGAUUGUGGUUUGAGAGCAGUCACGACCUUUUCGCAGUUCCAUGUUGUGUUGCUCCGCGGGCCCAAAGGUUUGCUUACAAGACAGACUUGGAGCGUCCAGUUUUCGCAUGGUUUGGCUAGAAAUGCCAACUACGCAUUCAAAUUCAAGAGGAAACUUAAGAGGAAUUGGCUCGCAGACAUCCCUGCUAGCAGCCUUGCACUCCUUUCGAUCCACAUUGAGAAAGCCUGUUCUCGCAUCGAAUGCUUGGCCAGCAGCUCUCAGAUUUCGCUUGUUGAGCACGUAGUGAAAGGACCGAAUGCGUGUGCAGAUUGGGCCGCACUCUUCAAAGGGCGUGAGGUCACACUUGCUUUGCCGUGCCCUGCAGUGGUAUCCAGACCUAGCUAG